GUUGAAUUGACAUUACAGGAAAUUAGUAUGGGGCUACAUUGUCGUGGAGCUGGAUCUGAUACAUUGUAUUGAUCACACUGUCGGUAAACACAACUCGCUUUGAUAAAGCUGGAAGAGGCAGGAUUUCAGACCACCACCUGCGCAUCAGGACGGGCUAGAGGCCAUGUCUACAGUGGUGGAUCUCAAGACAAAGGAGGAGAAGGAUGCAGAGCUUGACAGACGGAUCGAGGCUCUGCGCAAGAAGAAUGAAGCUCUGGUCCGGAGGUACCAGGAAAUAGAAGAGGACAAAAAGAAGGCGGAGCAAGAGGGGAUUGCCGUGAAGACGCACCCACCCAGGAAGGGCCGCCCUCACGAUGGCCCGCCAGAGGGAGACAGAUGGAGGACAGAGAAAGAGAGCUUCACUGUCACCGUAGACCUCUCCAAACCUGCAGGGGAGAAACGGGUGAUCAAUGACUGGAAACAAGGGCCACCUCGAGGCAGGCGGGACUCUGAAGAGGGAGACGGCCCCAGAGCCCAAGGUGAAAGCCCUCCGCUGAGGGCCGGGUCCGGGCGGCUCAGCAGGGGUGGACAGAGAGGGGGAGGACCACGGCAGGAGAGGAGAGAGCAACGCCCUGACAGACCCCUAGCAGACCCACGCCAGGCCCAUGACAGACCACCCCGAGAGGACAGGGGUCCACGAGAGGACAGGGGUCCUCCACGAGAGGACAGGGGUCCUCCACGAGAGGACAGGGGUCCAGUCAUGGAGGGGCCAGGAGAGGGGCCCGGCCACAGUGAACGUGCUCCACGCGGAGGACGGAGAGGAAGAGGAGGCCGAGGAGGACGAGAAAGAGAAGAAGGAGGACCACAGGGUGGUGACAGGAAGUCUAAGGAGUGGGAGGAGAAAAGGAGGCAGAACAUUGAGAAGAUGAACGAGGAGAUGGAGAAGAUUGCAGAGUAUGAAAGAGGACAAAGGCCUGCCGAGGGAGACAAGCCCAUCCGUAACUUCCUGGAUGACCCGCGGCGCUCCGGCCCAGUCCCGGACAUGGACCGCAAGGAGGGCAGCCGCCGACAUGUCCGAAACUGGGGUGGAGUAGAUUUUGACAAUGUGAAGACGGGAUCUGAGCUGGAGAAGGAGUGGACAAGUCGGAGACCAGGAGGCCCUAAGGGCUCCAUGGAUAUGACCAUGUCUAUGACGGGCCGGGAGCGUGCCGAGUACCUCCGCUGGAAGAAGGAGCGUGAGGAGAUUGACGAGGAGCGUCUGGCCAGGCACAGGAACGCCACGGGCCAGUGGAGACGGGAAUGGGAUGCCCAGAAGACUGACAGCUUGUUUAAGGAGGACCCAGCUGUGGCUGCAGAGGCCAUGCUGCCAGACCAGGGAGGCAGAAGGAGAGGCAAGGGGCGUGGCUCCCGCACGCAACCUCACGGCAGGGCCUCAGACGAGGUGAAGGCGCCUCCCAAGGUGCCCACGUUCGGAGACUUCCUGGGGCAGGGUAGAGGACCCAGGGAGGGGGGCCGUGGAGAGCGGGGGAGGGGACGAGGACAGAGACAGAGCUACAGCAUGCACGAUAACCGCUGGGAGGCGGAGAAGGAGGAGGACAGGGAGAAAGAGAAGGAAGACAAACCCAAGAAGGAGGAGAAGACCCGGAAGGAGGAAGUGAAGCCCAAAGCUCCCUCAUCACAAAAGAUGGAGGAGAAGAGUGGUGACACAGAGGAGGAUGAGGAUGAGUGGGAGGAUGCCAGCGACGAAGAGGACGAUGAUAUGGACGGGGUUGAUGACUCGGAGGGAGACGAUGAGGGGGAUGAGGAAGGGAAAGACGGACAGUCCCCGACGAAGGCACCUCGCUCAGAAACCACAGCAGGGAAGCCCGCCGCCACCUCACCUCCUCCCUCCACUCCCCCCUCCGCAGCCAGUCCUAAAGAGCAGCGCACCCAGAGGCCCAAGGUCUACAUCCCCUCCCAACAGGAGGCUCAGGACUCCCCCGCUGGCCCCAAGCCCCUCAGCCCCUUCUCUCCCCUGGACGGCCACCAGCCGGUCACAGACUGGGGGGAGGAGAUGGAGAUGCAGUCCCCCCGGAGCAGUAUGGGGGAGAACCACCUGAAACCGCCUAGCACUGAGGGAAGCCCUGCCCAGGUUAAGGUCCAAGAAGACAACCGCAACUCCAGCCCCAGCCCAACCCCCAGUCCCAGCAAGCCAGCAGAGCCAGAGAAGGAGAGGGACGCACGGACAGUUGUGGUCACUGCUGCUCCCCCGGAGGAGACUCUGAUCCAGGAAAUAACUCCUGUAUCAUCAUCAUUAGAACUUGUCUCUACCCCCACUGACCUCUCAGAGAAAGAGGAGACCACCACCACUUCACCAGCCCAGGAGACACCUGCUACCCCCACAGAGGAUGAGGAGGAGACCCCUGCCGCCACUCUUGCCCCUGUCCUGGUGAUUGACCAGAGCCUGUCUGAGCUGGCCACUGCCCCAGAGAUGGCCCCAGACACCUCGGAACAGUCAUCUUCAGGCUGAGAGCUGCUCUGGGAAACUGACUUUUCAGUGCUAGUGUUUCACAGAUGAUGGUAGGAUGAGGGGAGAAAAUAAUGACAAGAAGAAAGGAAACCGGGCCUCGCACACCAUGACUGGAGCAGCCAUCACAUACAUCCUGGAGGGACGUGGCCAGGCACCUGGCCUCCAAACAUCUCCUCAAUAAUCAGACCACAUAUGUUCUGUACUGUUUGACUCUGAGCUGCAAGUUGCAUAGAAUAGUGAUACUGCCAUUCAUCUGAGCCACUAUGGUAAAUGGCUUAGGUUUUAUAGCAGCCAAUUAGGAUGUUACUGUGAUGUCAAGUCAACAAAGCCCCAACUUGUUUUUACCUUUUGAUAUGUGUAUGAUUUAACAAAUCAAAUUAUUACAUUUAGCGAAGACUCACAAAUAUGAAAUUCUCACCUCAAUUGUUCAACCGUAGCAUUUUUGUUUUUUAAACUCCACCUCUUUUGAAAGGUCAAAGAGACUGUUAUGCCUCUUCAACAUGGCAAAAAAAUACAUAUUUGAAAUGCUAACAGUUGAAAGAGCAUUCUCCUCCCUCAAUAUAGACAGCUUAUUGACUACAGUUUAUCCACAUUUGUUUUAAUAGCCCUUACUUUAAAGAUUCCCAAGACCCCCCCCAACCCACCCAAAACUGUCCUGACCUGUUUGCCUGUAAAAGCUGAAUUAAUGUUUGAAUGUUAUUGGACAUUAUGUUUGUGUCCCAAAUAUCACUCUAUUUCUAUAUAGUGCCCUACCUUUGUGUCCUAUGAGCCAUGGUCAAUAGUAGUGCACUAUAGAGGCAAUAGGGUGCCAUUUGCGACUCAAACCCUCUCUUUGUGGAGUUUGUAUGGUUAGGGUUUGGUCCCCUUUAUCCUUAACUCAAUACAUUUUAGUUGUAUUUUGUCAUGAAACAAAUCAUGUGAACAAAUUUAAGCCAUGGCAUUGAAAAAUGUACAUUAUGUUUCCUAAUAAUCAUGUAACAAAGUUGGUUUAGAUUUGGGACCCCAAGAGGAGUAUAGUUUAAAUGAUAUUAGUUUAUUUUUAAGUGAGAUACACUGUACUUAACCAAGCACAUGCAUAAAGUGACCCUGACAAUGUUUGUUAAUAACCAUCCAAAGCUUUCCUUUCGUUUCUCAUUUGCGAUAGAUUGCUAGUGGCCUUUCUAGUUUUAAUCGAGGGGCAUCAGAACAUGUACCUCAACAGACCCAAGAUUUAGUUUAGAUUUUUUAAGUCUCGUUGGCUUUUUUUUUAGCCUACUCUUGGUCAUGAACUCAAUCUGGCUCACCUAUAAUGAACACGAGCACAGAUAUUGAACUAUGCUUUAAUUUUAUUUCUUGAAAAGGAAUUAAGAGUUUAAAUGAAUUGAAUGGAUCAAGAACUCAAGGAAAUGCAAUAUGUAGUUUAGUAUUUUGAAUUCCAACUAAACAUUCCAAUGUUUUGUGUGGGAAAAAAGGCAUCUAUUUUUGUUCUUUGUGGUUUGCAUUUGGAUAUCCUCAUUCUUUUCGUUUCUGAUGACUUAGUGAUUGUAUUACAAGCAUCACAUUUUCCUGCACUUCUAAAAUAUCUGUAUUUGAAUAUACAACUACAUUAUUUGGGUAUGUUUUUGGAGUGGAGUGUAACUGGCCUGUCUAAACUAGCAUGAUCUGAAAUUCAAUACUUUUUUCAUCUGUUGAUUACCAUGAAUUCGUUUUUAUCCCAAGAUAUUGACACUUUAAUCAAUCAAGCAGAAGAUUACAUUUGAUAGCUUUUUCUUUUAAGUAUUAAAUUGUGAUUUGGCAGGAAAUUCAUUGGUUCAUACGCAACUGUCAAAUGUACAAGAUAAAAUGUGUUCUGUUUAUUUUGCUUCUUAGUUUUCAUAUCAAAUAAAUGUAUGGUGGUCACGUC